GGGCAGGAGCUCGGCUGGCUGGGGCGGCGUGUGGGGCUGCCCGGCCGGGUGCCUCCCGCCGUGCGUGCGGGGCUCUCGCGUCGCCCCCGCGGCCGCAGAGCGGAGCCGGGCUGGGCAUCCGGCGGGGCCCGUGCCGUGAGUAGGUGCUGCUGCUUUAUUUCCGAUACUAAAGCGGUGUGUGGGCCUGGGGGGCCGCGGCCGCAAUAUAAUGCUGUAAACCUGCUUUUAGGUUGAUGAAACCUGAAGCUGGGUGUCCACAAAUCUCUUGCUGGAGAAGUAAAUGCCUGGACAGACAUCUCUCAGGCACAGUCAGGUCUCUCAAGGGCCCUUACAGAAAUGACAACCCCCAACAAGACCCCACCUGGUGCUGAUCCAAAGCAGUUAGAGAGGACUGGAACUGUUAGAGAAAUAGGCUCACAAGCAGUUUGGUCUCUUUCAUCCUGUAAGCCAGGGUUUGGAGUGGAUCAGUUACGAGAUGAUAAUCUAGAAACUUACUGGCAGUCAGAUGGAUCACAGCCUCAUUUGGUGAACAUCCAAUUUAGAAGAAAAACAACAGUGAAGACCUUAUGUAUUUAUGCAGACUACAAAUCUGAUGAAAGUUACACUCCAAGCAAGAUCUCCGUCAGAGUAGGAAAUAAUUUUCAUAAUCUCCAGGAAAUCCGGCAACUGGAAUUAGUGGAACCCAGUGGCUGGAUCCAUGUUCCUCUAACAGAUACCCACAAGAAGCCCAUUCGCACCUUUAUGAUCCAGAUUGCUGUUCUAGCAAAUCACCAAAAUGGAAGAGACACUCACAUGAGGCAAAUCAAAGUGUACACCCCUGUGGAGGAGAGCUCCAUUGGUAAAUUUCCCAGAUGCACAACAAUUGAUUUCAUGAUGUAUCGCUCCAUCAGAUAAAAUUUCCUCAUGAGGAACAAUAAAGGUAUUUUUUCAUGACCGUAUCAUUGCUAAAGUAUUCAGAUACUUAAAGAGCAGGGUUUACUUCAGUGUAAUUAUAUCUUUAUGUUUAUACUUUGUACAAUUUUGAAAUAAAGAUAAUCUUGUGUUGCAGUA